GCUACUUCAGGAUAUGCCGUAGGCACGGCGAUAAAGAAGCGCGAAGCCUAUUCGCCCGCUUGAGCCAAGUCUCAGGCUUGUUGGAGCGGAGCUGCCUAGACCGUUGUCACCCCGGCCCCCAUGCUCGUUGUGAGUUCAAGCAUCACAGAGGUGGCGGCGGUUUAGAAUGGCAAAGGCCUUCGCGUGGGCUUCAUUAAACAGCAUCCGAGGUUUCGACGACUUCCGAAGCGUGUGCCUUUGGCUUCUGUUAUCUCUUGUACGCGUCUCGAAACCGAUGUGUCGCGGACAGCGAACGCGUUUGCACCCGUGGAUUAUCCGCAGCUCAUCCGCAUGCGUACACUUUCUCUUGAUGCCCGUCGAGGGAAGCACGGUGAGCGAUCUCCUCUGUGUGUGCGACAGCGUAGAUGACGGAGAGGAUUGGCUCACAGUUAAAGAUGGUACCCACGGUCUUUCUUCGGGCGAAAGUCGUGCAAUCUCCUCACACGCGUCGCGAACUGUGUAUCGACUAUGGCCGUCGUAUGGUGCAUAUGCCUUCCUCAACGGCUCCUGCAGUACUCGAAGUGUAUGGUGAAGCCGUGCAAACACCUAGGUUGCUGCAAAGUCGCUCCAUUGCGUUCUGGUCACACAGGCUCGGCCAAAUAACUUACUUGCGAAGUGCGUUGUAGUCUAUUGGAUGACAUGCUCGCUCACCUAGGAUCAGCUAGACCCACAUCCGCAUCGCAUGGCUUGGUCUCGAACCACAGACCACUGGGGAUAUGGCACAAUGAGCUUAUCUUGUACCAGUAGCCGUUCGUGAUAUGAUAGCACUUACGGCCAUUUCAUUCACGUUGAGCUAUUCUAUACCAUCAGGUUUCCCUCGUCGCGAUUGACAUCUCCGCGUCGAAUCAAUUGGUGCUAUCAGUAGACGAGAACCGAGAUGUAG